AUGUCACGUCGCGGGGCACCAAAGGGAAAGAAGCCCCCUGGCUCGGAAAUUACUUGGGACGCCGACCCUGGUGGUGAGCCCGACACAGCUCCUACCCCUCUGUACCCUAAAUACACCGUUCCCUUUGCGCGGAAGUUGAGCCCCGCCGAGCAGACCCAGGUGGAUUACUACCGAGGGCUACGCGAAAGAUUCCACGAUGGCCCCUUCUACUCCGUGCUCGACGCCUCUUCCUCGAACGCUAAGAAGGGUAGCGCGGCGCGCGCGAACUUCGAUCCUUUCCACGGCAUGCCCACAUACUCCGGCCGCUACCAGAGGAAGCGCCGCACCCUCCCCAAGAUCACCGGACAGACCUAUUGUAAGUUGCUCACGAGGCUGAGGGUAGUACAAGGCGCGGCUUCGAGGACGAGGAAGAUGAAGCAGGCCCUUCGAAGCGCAAGGCUGGCGGGGAUGAUGACGACGGGGGAGGAGGGCGAGGCAGACGGGGAGGAAGCCGAGUUGCUCGACGAGGAUGAGGAACAGGCGGAGGACUCCAUGGACGAUGACUUCUCCGAUGACGACGAUGAUAUGGGCGGUGAUUACAAUGCAGAACAGUACUUCGAUGGUGGAGACGAUGAUAUGGGCGAUGAAGAUGGCGGCGGCGGCGACGAUGACAUCCUUUCUGCCCGCAAUGCAAUGAAUAUAAAGAUCAACAUGUAUAUCCCUCUCCGCUGCACCUGUAGACUAAAUGCCGCCGUAUACUCCAACGCCGAUCUCGGGGAUGACGUCAGCAGAUAUAAUUUGGGUGGAGGGGCAAGUGCGGGCGAUAGCAAAAGUUCAACAUCAACUCGCAGGAUGGGAGACGCCAGUCCGAGGCGCCUAGAGCAGUCAGUCCUCGUACUAUAUGGAUCUGAAACUGGCAAUGCCCAGGAAGUGGCCGAGGAAUUAGGCGCCUUGGCCGAGCGGCUUCGCUUCACAACGCAUGUAUCCGAAUUGAAUCAAUGCAAGCCGGAAGUACUUUCAUCUUACACGUUGACUCUUUUCGUCGCGUCAACGACUGGACAGGGCGAUUUGCCAGCAAACGCGCGCUUGUUCUGGAAGUCGCUCUUGUUGAAGAAGCUGCCGCCGACAUUCUUGAGCGGUGUCAACUUUGCGUGUUUUGGGCUGGGAGAUAGCUCGUAUCCCAAGUUCAAUUGGGCGAUCAGAAAGCUCUAUAAGCGCCUGCUGCAGCUGGGCGCGAAUGAAAUUUAUCCUACGGGUGAAGCUGAUCAGCAGCAUCCAGAAGGACUAGAGGGAACAUUUUUACCAUGGAUGACGGAUUUCCGAAAGCACUUACUCGACAGACACCCGCUCCCUGCCGGACAACAUCCAAUUCCAGACGACGAACAACUUCCUCCAAAAUGGACACUGCAGCCAGGAGAAGACAGUGGUCCCGUCCAAGAGCCACACAAAAACAGUCCCGAAGCUCCUUCAGAUGAAUAUCCAGGCCUACACAACCUCGACCAUGAUCUUCGUCCCAUCCCUCACACAUUGCCAGCAACCUUGACAGGAAACCAAAGGGUGACUCCGAAAAAACAUUGGCAAGAUGUGCGCCGUGUGACAUUGACCGUCCCAGAUUCGGUCUCGUACGUCCCUGGAGACAUGAUCGCCAUUACACCAAAAGGCUCUCCAGCCGAUGCGCAGGUUUUGAUCGACUUGAUGGGAUGGCACGACCAGGCCGAUCGACCCAUCUCCCUUGUCUCAACCGGAGACACAGCGUCUCCUCCACCCAUCCCCAGCCUCGACUCAUAUCCCAACCUCACCUUACGCGCCCUCUUGGUAGAUUACUUGGAUCUCAGAGGAAUACCCCGCAGGUCCUUCUUCUCGACAAUUGCACAUUACACAUCUGAUGAAAUGCACAAAGAGCGCUUACUAGAAUUCACCAACCCAGAGUACCUAGACGAACUAUGGGACUACACAACCCGCCCCCGUCGCAGUAUCCUGGAGAUCCUGCACGAAUUCGACACAGUCAAGAUCCCAUGGCAGCAUGCCAUCUCCGUACUUCCCGUCAUGCGUGCCCGUCAGUUCAGCAUCGCCAGCGGCGGCAAGCGCAAGCAAACAGCAGACGGCAAAACACAAUUCGAGCUCCUCAUCGCCAUUGUCAAAUACCAGACCGUGAUCAAGCGGAUCCGCGAAGGCGUUUGUACGAAAUAUCUCUCAGUGCUCCGACCAGGCAGCACUUUGCAAGUGCAGCUCCAGCCGGGUGGCCUCAAUUCCUCUGUCCAGCAACUCACCGCAGCAACAGUGCUCAUUGGACCAGGUACUGGAAUUGCGCCAUUGAGAUCCAUGCUUUGGGAAAAGGCGGCUCUGGUCCAGGCCUACCGUGAGCAAAACCCAGGCGUCAAUCCUCCGGUUGGCCCGACGAUUCUCCUCUAUGGUGGCAGGAAUCGCGAAUCGGAUUUCUUCUUCGAGGAGGAAUGGACUGAGCUUGCUAAACUCAUCCCGCUGCAGGUCCUGACUGCUUUCUCGCGGGACCAGCAGCGUAAGGUCUAUGUUCAGGAUACUGUACGGGAGAACUUUACGCUUUUCUUCUGUCUGCUUCAUGAUAUGCAGGGGUCUGUUUAUAUCUGCGGUUCCUCGGGGAAAAUGCCUCAGGCUGUUCGCGAGGCUCUUAUUGAGGCGUUCCAGCAUGGAGGGUCUCCUGUGCCUGGGCAGCCGUUUACUCGCGCCCAGGCUGAGGAGUAUCUUAUCAAGAUGGAGAAGAUUGGUCGGUAUAAACAAGAGACUUGGUGA